GCUAGCAAGCUGAGUUGGCGGUGCUCUCUCCAAUAUAAGCCAUUUGCAGGCUAAAGACUCGUGAGAACUCAUUGAAUUUUUGGUUAAACAUCACUAUAACGCUCAUCUUCGGAUGCCAUUGAAUAUUUCUGUGUUUCGUCUGUAAGCAAAACAUCAUCAAGAUGUCUACAUCUGCGGUUUUCGUUCUUGAUAUAAAAGGAAAGGUGAUGAUUUCUCGGAAUUAUCGUGGAGAUAUUGAGAUGUCCUUGAUCGAAAAGUUCAUGCCUCUUGUAUUGGAGAAGGAAGAAGAAGGAAGUCAGACACCCAUUUGCGUUCACCAGGAUGUCACCUUUGUAUACAUCAAAUACAAUAAUCUAUAUCUGGUAUCAAUGACAAAGAAGAAUGCAAAUGUGGCUUUGCUAUUUGUUUUCCUCCACAAGUUAGUUCAGGUGUUUACAGAAUACUUCAAAGAACUUGAGGAGGAAAGUAUCAGAGACAAUUUUGUGAUUAUAUAUGAACUACUGGAUGAGUUGGUAGACUUUGGCUAUCCACAGUUUACAGAGACAAAGAUCUUACAGGAGUAUAUUACUCAGGAAGGUCACAAGUUAGAUGUUGGGGCACCCAAACCUCCGGUUGCUUUGACUAAUGCUGUCUCGUGGAGGGGAGAGGGUGUGAAAUAUCGUAAAAAUGAAGUUUUCCUGGAUGUGAUUGAAUCAGUCAACCUUUUGGUUAGUGCAAAUGCUAAUGUGUUACAGAGUGAAAUUGUUGGUGCAGUCAAGAUGAGAUGUUAUCUAACUGGGAUGCCUGAACUGCGGCUGGGAUUGAAUGACAAAAUUUUGUUUGAAAGCACAGGACGAAGCAAAAGCAAAGCAGUAGAACUGGAGGAUGUCAAGUUUCAUCAGUGUGUCCGUCUUUCUAGAUUUGAAAAUGAUCGCACAAUUUCUUUCAUUCCUCCUGAUGGUGAAUUUGAACUGAUGUCUUACAGACUCAACACACAUGUGAAACCCUUGAUUUGGAUUGAGUCAGUUAUUGAGCGUCACUCUCACAGCAGAGUAGAGUACAUGAUCAAGGCUAAGAGCCAGUUCAAGCGACGUUCGACUGCCAACAAUGUUGAGAUUCACAUCCCUGUCCCUCCAGACGCUGACUCUCCUAAAUUUAAACAAACGGUUGGAGUUGUGAAGUACACCCCUGAGGACAACGAAAUUGUAUGGAAUAUGAAAUCCUUCCCGGGAGGGAAAGAGUUUUUGCUGAGAGCACAUUUCAGGCUGCCAAGUGUGGAUUCAGAGACUGACGAAGGUAGACCACCCAUCAAAGUCAAGUUCGAAAUUCCUUACUUUACAGUAUCUGGCAUUCAGGUUCGUUAUCUGAAGAUUAUAGAAAAGAGCGGCUACCAAGCUCUUCCUUGGGUUCGAUACAUCACCCAAAAUGGAGAUUACCAGUUGAGAACAACAUGAAAAAGAAAGGCCGCACCUUUCGUGUAUAACAUUAAAUCUACCUUGUGAAGACAUUUGCCGAUGAGGAAUACUGAAGAGAAAUAUUAGAUAUUCUUAAUCCUUUGAAAAAAAAAAAAAAACCGUAUCUUUCGACACCUUCUUUGUUCUUGCUACACAAUGCACUGUCCAGACUACAGCUCAAGAGUAGUGACAAACGUAAAAGCUGGAGGAUUUUAUUUUGAUGUAAGGUUAAGUCCUCUUAAACAAUUUAUAAGGAAAUGUGUAGCCGCGUAAAAGGAGAAUUAGUAAUAGAUUUUUGAA